CCGCUGCUCUGCUCUCUCUUCUUACAAGCCAAGAUGAGCUACGGAUCUGAUAUAUAUUCUUCUUCCUCCUACCGGAAGAUUUUCGGGGAAUCUCCUCGUUACUCAUCCUCUCCGUCGCGGAUGAUGACCAACGUGUCCUCACGCGGCGGUUACCGUUCCCACUCCCUGUCCCGGAGCAACAUAUCUUCCCUGGGCUCCUACAACAAGAGGUCCGGCCGCUCCUUCUCGUCCAUGCCACUGGAGAACUUCGACCUGACACAGAGCAGCGUUCUCAAUAAUGAAUUCAAGAUCAUCCGCACCAAUGAGAAAGAACAAAUGCAGGGUCUCAAUGACCGUUUUGCAAUGUUCAUCGAGAAAGUGCGUAACUUGGAGCAGCAGAACAAAGUGCUGGAAACGGAGCUGAUUGCUCUGCGCCAGCGGCACACCGAGCCAUCCCGCCUGGCCGAGCUCUACCAGCAGGAGAUCCGCGAGCUCCGCUCCCAGCUGGAGGAAGUUAAUGGGGAAAAGUCCCAGAUGAUGAUCGAGCGCGACAACAUUGAAGACGACCUGCAGAAACUCAGGGGCAAAUACGAGGACGAGUUCCGUGCCCGGGAGGAGGCGGAGGCCAACCUCAAGGCUUUUAAGAAAGACGUGGACGAUGCCACCAUGGUGCGCCUGGACCUGGAGAAGAAGGUGGAGUCGCUCCUGGACGAGAUCAACUUUUUGAGGAAGGUGCACGAAGAGGAGGUGGCCGAGCUGAUGGAAAUGAUCCAGGCUUCCCAGGUGUCUGUGGAGAUGGAGGUGGCUAAGCCAGAUCUCACCUCCGCCCUCAAAGAGAUUAGAGGACAGUACGAGUCCAUGGCGUCCAAGAACCUGCAGUCCGCCGAAGAGUGGUACAAGUCCAAGUUUGCCGACCUGUCCGAGCAGGCGACCCGGAGCAAUGAGGCCAUCCGUGCCAGCAGGGAGGAACUCAACGAGUUCAGGAGGCAGCUGCAGUCCAAGACCAUCGAGAUCGAGAGCCUGAGGGGAACCAAUGAGUCCCUGGAAAGGCAAAUCCGAGAGAUGGAGGACAGGCACAAUGCAGAGAUUGGGAACUACCAGGACAACAUGGCACAGCUGGAGAAUGAGCUGAGGACCACUAAGAGUGAGAUGGCUCGUCACCUGAGGGAGUACCAGGAUUUGUUGAAUGUCAAGAUGGCACUGGAUAUUGAAAUUGCAGCUUACAGGAAACUGCUGGAAGGGGAGGAGACCCGCAUUGGCACAGGGAUCACCUACCCCAGUCCCAGUAUAAGCUCCGGUGGUGGGCAGAGCUACAGCUAUCAGACCCGUGUCUACACCACCUCUGGCAAGGGCUCCAAGAAGGAGGGCAAAGAGGAGGACCAGCAGCAGAUCAAGUCUGGAGGCAAGAUGACCCAGCGUGAGGUAUAUGAGGAGACCGUGAUGACCUCCAAGAAGAUGGAGAAGCAGCAAGACGCCGGUGAUAUUCCUACCAAUCAGAAAAACUAAGAAACUAGGCCCAUCCUUGACCCAUAAAACUACCCCUUACCCUGCAAACUUGUCUUCAUCUACCACCUUAAAACAAACCUGAGCCUUUACACUCAAAGCACUUGUGGGGAUCUGAGAUGAUUUGCGUGGCUGUAGCUCUGCUUCGCUAUCUCAUAAGCCAUGUGAGAGUACCCUUGUUUGUUGACAUCUGAAAUACACUGUGUUGGAUGUUAACAAGUGCGAAGAGUGUAGGGAGUAGAGGUUUGUUUUAUGUUGGUUCAUUUCUCCGUGUCCCACAUCUCCUCCACAGGUGUGCCCCACAGGGAAUCCAUUAUAACUCUACUAAAUCCGUCACUCUAUACAAACCCACAGCACGUCUCUAUUCUCUCUUGUUCUCUCUCACACAGUAAACAGCCGACAAUAACAGGCACUUUCUAAGAAGUAUGGUCUUUCAAAGUACAAUAUUCAACAGGUCUUUCUCACUUUGGUCUCAUGUUACGUCAGUAUGUGAUUCUGAGACACAGUAGAUCUCUAGAACUCUGCUCCUACACUACUACCACAAGCUGUGUGUGUCAUUUUCAACACAUUCCCAGGGAAGCAUGUGCGUGUGUGCACGAGUGAUAUUGUGCACACUCAAGGGACAAAACAGCAAAAGAUUUAAAACAUAUCAGCUAGAAACCAUUUAAUCUUUGCGCAUCCACUGAUACAAUAAGAUCGAAAGUGCUUGUUCUGAUGUAACGUUUAUAGUUCACUUAAGGGAGCACACAGGCUACAACUAGAAAAAGUCCACCUGAAAUAAAUAAUGAUUAUAUGGUAGUGUCUUGCUGAGCCAUUUGCCGUAACCCUGGCAAACACAGAUAAUGCUGCUUUUUUCCAAGUCUCUCGAUUAAAACUGAGGCUUGUGAACAAGACUGAAUCUAUUCUUGCACAAUUUCUGCAGUCACAGUCCUUCCAGUCUGUGCAUCAUUUGUUUGACUGUGGUCUACUCAGCUCUGCAUGACAAAAGUACGCAAGAGGUUUAACAUCCUCAGUCAAACACCAAACAUUUUACUUCUCAACGAUGUUCCACAAUUAAGAAUUAAUAUAGAUUUGAAGCAAAUAAAAAUAAAAAAACAAAACUAUUAAUCAAAGAUAAUUUGCAUGGUGUAUGUAUCUCAUGCUUGCAUGGAAUUCAUCAGCCCAUUGUACAUUCAACGCAGUUUUAUAGUAUGAAGUCAAAGGGUCAGCCCAUGCCCCUUUUUUCUCCACUGGCCAUGCUAAGCAUCAUUAUGCACAACACUCAUUGCUGACCCUUUAUCUGUAUUCGCUUGUAAGCCUUUAGGCUAGAUUUGAGACAAUUGUUGUUACUCUUAGGGUGUGACUUAGAUAGACUACAGGUCUCUGCUGUCGAUGCUAUGAUGAUGAGAGGGAGGGUGCCUCUUUGAGGCACAUAUAUCAGUGUAGAUAGGAUCUGAUUUGGUAACGACGAUCAGCCUGCACAAUUUGUUAUGAUAAGGAUACAGGGAAGAGAGAAAGUCAAGAGAGAAGGUUGUAAGGGAGCGGAACUGAAAUACAACUAACAAGAAAGACAGGUGGAAGAGAGUACGAGCAUAUGCUUUUCUCUUAACACAUUCCAUUCAGUUUCAGCACAAGCUUCUGAAUGAUCCAUUUGGGUGUGAUGAAUUGUGUGCAAUUUUAACAUAAUUUCCCAUGUAACACUGGGGAUGCCUGAAGCACAUCUGAACUCCAGACUCCAUGUCAUUUCACUGAGCCUGAGGAAAAGCCAUGCCAACAACAAUCAAAACAUACCAAAAGUUUAGAAAAAACAAACAAACAAACAAACAAAGAAACUUGCUAGACCACGACGUGUUUGAAACAACCCAACCUCUCUCUUUAACUGUGGCCAUGACUGAACAAAAUGUCUGUUGUAGUAUGACCUCACCACCAGAAGUCCUACAGUAUGAGAGACUUGUAGCUCUUAUUCCUGCUUGUGCACUGCCAGUUUUAACACAACUAUCUUAAUCUUAUACUCUCGCUGUCUGUCAUGGCAGUACGUGCCCUGGCAAGCUGUACUUAUAGUAGAGAUGGAAAAAAAGUAAACAAAACUACUGAUUGUAUGACAAAAUGUUCUGGGUUUGGAUUCAGUUGUUUUACCUGAGGCUUGUGAUACGUAUCUUAGUACUGUAGCAAGUGUGUGUUUGUAUCUUUACACAGUGGCCUAUCAUAACUGGGAAUUAAUGAGGAAGCUGUGAAGCAAAUCCAGAAGUUUGGCCCUUUGUUUUGAGGAUUUUUGAAUUCCAGUGAGCAAGAACAAAGAAAAAAACUCAGAUGUAUGUAAGCAAGUAUAUGCGUAGGUAGAAAUAAGCAGCAUUUAUUAGUCCUGAAUAAUGACUAAAUGAAGGGCAAGAAAAUGUAACUCCACAGGUCUAGGUUUGGAAAAGUCACGCAUUUAUUUGUACUCUAUAAGCCAAAAAGGAUUUCAUGGAUGUCUGAAUAGCAUUGCAACACGCCUCUGCAAAAAAACAAAAACAAAAACAAAAGAAAAAAGAAAGAAAAAAAGUCACAACUACAGUAACUUCUACAGCACUGCCAAACUUUUCUAGAUGCCCACGCAUCACCACUCUAUAGCAAAACAACAGCCGUGUUUUUUUUCCAUGGAAAAUUACUGCAUUACCACAUUCAUGUAAAAGUAAUAAAAAAGAUCCAAACCAUAGAACAAAUGCUGUAGGUCGUCAAAUGCCUUAAAACACCAGCAUAUUUUUCUGGCCGUGUGUGACGUGUAUGAUUCAGCUCAGUGGUGUGUUUUCUCAUCAUUAUCUCUUUAGUGUUUAUUAGCGGUACCUUGACUACAAAAGCAUAGGGAUUGAAUGUAGUUGACAUACUAUUCUCUUUACUCUGUACCUUAUUGCUGUAUGACACCAUACCAAUAAAGACUUGACAUUACAAAGGCUGUAAA